GGAAGUGAAAUGAAACUCUGGAUAUUGCUUCUGAUUUUUAUACCGUCGUGUGAAGCAUUUGUUCGAUGCUUUAGUUGUUCCACGACUUACGACACACGCUGUGGAGAUGCCUUUGCUUUUACAACAACAGAUGCAUCCCAAUGCCAGGGCACCUGUGUCAAAAGAAGGGGCACACGAGACAUUAACGGAGUAAGGACAGUUGAGAUUACUCGCGGUUGUAUUCCACAGACCACUGAUGACUGUCACGACGGGAACUAUAAUGGGAUAUCCGUCUACAUCUGUACAUGUAAUUCAGACUAUUGCAAUAAUGCUCAGGGAUCAAAAUCGUCUACAAGCCUUAUUCUGUUGCUCACAGUGCUUCCUCUAUUGUAUAAAAUCAUGGAGAGAUGGUAGUUUUCUGGGUCGGAUGAAUUUAAUAAUUCAUGUCACAUUCUUGUAUAUGUUGAACCAGUUAGGUUUAUGCAUUAUUAAAUAUUAAUUGUUUUAUGAAUAUGAAGUCAUAAGGAAUGUGUUACAUGAUUAUUCUUUUAAUAAUACAUUUUAUAAAUAUAUAUAAAAUUAAUUAAAACAUCAUGAGCAGGCCCAGGAAUUUUUCCCUGGAGGGUUCACUCCCUCUCCAGAAAAAAAAUCUUAUUUUGAAAAAGUACUUCUUCCAUCUGUACAAACUUGGCAUGAAUAACUCAGACUAGAGAUUCAAAAGUAUUUAUAUGUCUACAAGUCAAGAUCUACUUAUGACCAGGGCCUUUAAUUUGUGAAUUCCACAUUUUAGAAGUUACAAGUGACAAGUCUUGUUAGAUCACCUGAGCUAUAAGCUCAAGUAAACUUUUCUACAAUUAGGAUUUUUGAAUUCUUCAAAUGAAGUCUACAUACAAGCUCUUUUAUGGGGAGAUAACAAAAGGUGACAAUUUGGUGGCAUAUUUUAAAAAUCUUCUCAUGAACCACUGGGGCAGAAAAUACAAAACUUUAGUGAGAUCUUUUUCUUAAAGUGUAGAAUCAAAAUUAAUCAAAUCAUGC